AUGAGUCCUAACUUUCAAAAGGAACUUUUCCAAAAGAAGCUUCAAACUACAAUUCCAACAUCUAAAGUUGAAGAGGAUGCUGAUGAUUCGGCUGAUGAGACGGCUAGCGGUGACACCGUAGGAGAAUUGAUUUCCAGUUCAAGUUCAAAAUCUAGGUUGAAAGAUUCUAAUCAUGAUUUGUUUACUAAACUUCCAACCUGGAGUGAUUAUUUUGAUUUCAAUGAAUCAAUAGAAAUUCAGGAUAGGGGAUUUCAAUUCAAUACUUAUUAUGCACUUCCGAAAAACCUAGACACUAACUCAAUUCCUAUCUUUUUCUUUCAUCAUGGUGCUGGAUCAUCAGGGUUAACUUUUGCACCAUUGGUUAAGGAAUUGGUGGCAAGGUUGAACGGUACUUGUGGGGCGGUGUCAUUUGAUGCCAGGGGACAUGGCUCUACUAGAGCAAUUGGAGAUGGUGCUUCUCCGGCAUAUGACUUGGAUACAUUUACUUACGAUUUUGCGGCAAUUAUGGAACACUUUUUGAAUAAUAUUUUAUCCAAAGAUGUGCCAGUUAGUAAGUUAUCAAUUGUCCUCGUAGGCCAUAGUCUCGGCGGUAGCAUAUGUACCGCGGUUGUUCCCAAAUUAAAUAAGGAACUAUCAUCAAAAGUAGUGAGUGUGGCAAUGUUUGAUAUUGUUGAAGAGGUGGCAGUUGCUGCUUUAGAAAAGAUGGAUCAUUUCUUAGACGUGACACCAAACUCAUUUAGAAGUAUGCGCGAAGCCAUUGAAUAUCAUAUAAAGCACGGUCUUUCAAACCUACGAAGUAGCGCUGAAAUACUAGUACCUUCUUUGUUCACAGAGCAAUCUGAUGGGAGCGUUACUCGUAUUACUAAUUUACGUGCAUUUGCGCCUUAUUGGGAUACAUGGUUUAAAGGGUUAUCUUCCGACUUCACCAAACUUCCUGUCAGUAAAAUGCUCCUAUUAGCUGGUAGUGAUAAAUUGGACCGCGAAUUGAUUAUUGGACAAAUGCAAGGAAAGUUUCAGUUAAUAGUAUUUCAAGAUUCUGGUCACUUUAUCCAAGAAGAUGUCCCUUAUAAAACUGCAAUCGCAUUGAUAGAUUUUUGGAGGAGGAACGACAACAAGAAUAUAGUUAUUCAGACGAACUGGGGGAGAGUAUGA